UCAUCUGAAUCAUUUACUGUGUAUUCCUUCAUCACAGAUUUAACUUUAUUUUUACAUUUUGUUGUCAUAUUUCUAAAUGACAGUUUGUCGAAUACCUGGUAUGUUCCUUCUGUAUUGGUAAAAAGUGUUCUGUUGAUUUUAAUAUAUGGUAUUCACUCUAUUAAGUGCAGGUCUGUCUGUUUUCAUUUUCUCAUCUAGAGAGCCAUGGAAAACAUUGAAUUCCUACUGCCAGCAAUAAAAAAAAAAAAAAACAGGAAUCCUCAGUCUUUGAGUGCUUAUGACUCCAGAGCUCUGUGCAGUAAUAUAAAUAGCUUUCGAACACGUGAUGAAGUGCAUAAAUGUUGAUCAUGUGCAUUUUAAUUUAAAUGUGAUUUUUCUUGGUGAGUCUCAGAUUUUGUGAACCAAAAUGGUGAAACUGGGGCCAGAGAACCUGGCCCUCAGUUGAAUGUGUGAAAUAACGGCUAGAUGUCGCCAGAUUUAGGAAAAGCUACUCGGCUUAAAAGGCCGCGUCAGUAGGCUACUAUGUGUAUUUUUGUGUUCUCACUCUGACGCUAUAUUUUCAGCGAUUUUGCUUAUUGUAACUUAAUAGUAAUUAUCAAUCGAAGGUGGUGCGAGCUACAAUGGUAAUUAAUUUAAGUUUAAAUACCGAGGGGGGAGGAGCUGUGAAGAUGACAGUGUUAUCCGGAACCCACGACGUAGCACGUGAUUUGUAGUCAGGACAUAUUUCUGAAUGGAACCAAUGUUUUGUUUCUCUGAAGGUUUGGUGGAAAAUGUAUUCAACUGGCAAUGAGAGUUUGGUUAAACAGGCCAGAGAAAUACAAGAUGAGGAGCUUCAUAAGUUUUAUGGUCGCAUUUCAAAAUUACUCAACGCCAACAGAGAUCAUGGAAACGAAACAAUCGAUUCUCUCCAGAGGCUCAACUUGAUUGUUUCGGCAACGAAAUAUGCUAAAACACUCCCACCAGAUCUUAAGAAGAAGUUACAGACCUUGCUCCUUUCCAAAACACACCCGGAGCAGAUCCAGGUCCUCUUCACGUCUAUUCUUAGGGAGAGUCUUCCCCUGAGUACCCAAGAACUCUCUGAUGGACUAGCGCAGGACACCAGAUCGAGCAGCUAUGUGGCAGCUGUUGUUCUUUCUCAGGCUGCCAAUAAAGAUGACGUGGCUCCUGUCUGUCAGCAUUUGCUGAAACACUUGGAGUCCCGGCAACCCGACGGGCAAAUAUGUAAACACACGCUUCCCAUUCUCACCAAGCUUAUCAGCUACUCUCCAGAGAUCCUUACAGAGGAUCAGGUCAAUCUGGUGAGCCGGAAGUUGGUCGACUGGCUGCGGUAUGCCAGCCUUCAGCAGGGAGCCUCCAUGUCGACUGGUGGCUUUUUCAGUGGCCCAAGAACACGGCAGCCUGUUCCUGUGACGGAGGUGGAUGGCGCAGUGGCAGGGGACUUCUUUACCGUGCUGUGUGUGGGUCAUAGCUUCGGGGAGGACCAAUGGAUGAACAUGUAUGCCUUCUCCAUGAUCAGGAAGUGGCUGCUCACCUACGAUGCUGAAGGAACCUCAGGUGGAGAGUCAGCCCAUCUUAGUCAAAUUCAGUUCAUGCUGUCACAACUCCAAGAUGACCGGUCGGAGGUGGACAGCUCAGUGGUGUCCAUGGUCUCGGCCACCUCCUCCUCCAGCAGGCUCCUGCCCCCGAAGGAGAGGCUCCGGGAAAAGGCCUUCGAGUACUGCCACCGGCUCAUAGAACAGAGCGAUCGCAAGGCGAUGAAAAGGACGGACACAGAGCUUCAAAAAGCGUGCAUUGUGGAGGCUGUCACCAUUAUGGAUAUCAUCUGUAAAGAGGACCCCUCGUACGUGUACCGUGCCUUCCCCAGCGUCAAGGCUCUCUACGGCCGUCUGAGCGGGGAGCUGGCCUACGCCCGGGCUCUCAUCCCCAUCGCCCAGUUCUACCUCAACCACAGUGAGAUGGCAGCAGUGGACUCAGAGGCAGUGUUCAGGCAGCUGUUCUCUCGCUUCCCGUCUGAACUGUUCAACGAACCAGCGCUAGCCUAUGAAUUCGUCCAGUUCUGCAGAGCCAACAUGGCUGUGCUGGAGGACGGAGUUGCACUGUACAGGCAGAGUUUUCCCAACAUAUUUAAGUUCUUGGCCUGGACCAGUCCUGCCCUGGUCGCUGACUACAUGGAGCUGCUGCCUUCUCUGAUGUGCCCAGACACGGCCGUGGAGAUCCUCCACUCUCUGCUGGACCUGCCGUGUCUGGCUGCCACCCUGGACCUUCAGCAGAGGUCGGCCUCCUACCAGGCUUCUGAGCGCGUGCUGUGGGACCACGGCUCCAAGGUGGCCAGUGCCCUAGAGGCCUUCCGGCAGCCAUCUUACCGAGGCCUGUUCCUCUACAUCCUCAGGCCUGAGGCUGGUUCUGGGGACACCAUCGACAGGUUGAAAAUGCUCCAUGAGGUGCUGUCUGAAAUGGCGGCGAGUCCUCGUGUUGUGCAGUGUGCCCAAGUUGUCCCUGUGUUGCUUCACGUCUUCUUCAACAACGUCACUAAGUUUGCUGAUGAGAAGCUCAUAAACCAGCUCGCCCUGGUCCUAUUGGAGAGAAGCAGCCUGCUCUACAAUAUUAAGCAGUUUAAAAUUGAGCUGUUCAGGGUCUUCAGCACUCACAUUCGCACCUUGUGCAAGCUCCACCCCUCUCUCAUCGUCAACCAGUCCCGGGAGCUGCUGGACUUUGCUGGGAGCACGGCCAACAUCUACAGCAAGGAGGAGCUGUACACAAACGUGGUGUGGCUCAUUGGAGAGUACCUGUCUGUGGUGCACGACCCCCGCUGCUCCGUGGAGCUCAUCACCACGUUCUUCGAGGGCCUGGAGGCGGUGCUCUUUGAGAUCACGCAGGUGCGGCAGUCGGUCAGCCCGCCCUCCUACCCCCCGCGCGUCCUCACCGUCCUCAUGACCACGCUGUCCAAGCUGGCCUCCCGCAGCCAGGACCUCAUACCCAGGGUGUCUCUCAGCUUGUCAAAGCUGUGCAACUUCGCUCGCAGCAGGCUGGUGCUGGCCAGCUACAGCGAGGAAGACACGGAGGAGAUCAUCACGCGCGCCCACGAGCUCACCAACCUGCUGAAGCUGCCCAGCGUGGCCCAGUUCGUGCUAGCGCCCGCCGCGCUGGGGGAGAGUCCGCGCUGGCACAGGGACACCAACGCCUCGCUGCCCCGGGCCAUGAGGACCAUCAGCGGCCUCCUGCACAAGCAGUCCAGCUUCCAGCAGUCCGGCUGAGCGGAGCCCGACCCUGGGCGGCCAGCUGGCUCUGUGGACGUCAGGGUUGACAGCUGUCAAUCAGCUGAGCUCCGCGGGACAGAGGACUGAGAAAGUGAGACAAUGCCUUGGAAGGCUAACGGCGAUGGCUGGAGUGGCCUUGUGUGUACACACACACACACACACACACACACACACACACACACACACACACACACACACCUGCAGAACUGUCACUGAAAUGUUGUGGUGAGGGUUACAAGGACCUAUGAUUUUGGUGACACACACUCUCACACACACACACACAUACAUACAUACAUACAUACAUACAUAGCCACUCCCCAUAGUUACAUGCACUAAUACACUUUAUAUUCCCUUUGUUCUUUGAUGUGUA